CAACAAAAUGGUAAAUAAAAAACAAGAUGGAAAUUAUUCAUUUCGUCAAAGGCGUAAUAAUUCUAGCCAUAAUAUACAAUCAUUUACAUUUAAUAAUAAUCCAAAUAAAGAAAUAAAAAAUGAAUCGAAAAAAAUAACAAAAUCAAAAGCACCACCAUUAAGUAAAUAUCGUAGAAAAACAGCAAAUGCUAGAGAAAGAACACGUAUGCGUGAAAUAAAUUUAGCAUUUGAAAAUUUAAGAAAAUGUGUUCCACAAUCAUAUAAUAAUUAUAAUUCAUCAUCAGCAUCAUCAUCAGCUGACGAUCAACAACAAUCAAAUGAGAAAUUAACAAAAAUUACAACAUUACGUUUAGCAAUGAUGUAUAUUAGAACAUUAAGUGAUGCUUUAACAAAUAAUGAAUGUCAUACAAUUAAUUUAGAUCAAAAUAAAUUUAAUAAUAUAAAAGAUACCAAAUUUGAUAUAAACUGUGAUAUUAAAAAUGGAAAAAAAGAAUUAUCAGAACUUAAUAGUACAUCAUCAUCAUCAUCAAAUUCAUCAUCAAUAGUAAAUGAAACGAAAAAAAUAAAAAAAAAUAAAAUUAUGAAUCGAAAUCGAAAUCGAAAAUAUCGAAAAAUGAAUGCAUUCGAAGAACAUAAUUAUAGUGAUUUUACAUCAUAUAAUAUAUUAGAAUCAGAUGGUGAAUCAUUAAGUUUCUCAGAAGAAAAAUCAUUAGAUUUAAUAUUACCUGAUCUUAAUGAUAAAAAUUUAAAUGAUAUUACUGAAGAAGAUUUUUCAACACCAUUUUUAGCAUCAGUUGAUCUUGAUUGUAUGAUACAUCCAUUUACAGAUUUAUUUUCUGAUUUAACAGCUGAACCAACUUUAGAUUAUUUAAUAUAA